GUUCCAUCUAUCACAUUCUCAUCCCAUUUUGUCGUUCUUCAUCGUACAUCGUAAAUCGUUCAACGUCCCAGGAGCCCCGCUUACCGUUCCGGUUGCUUACCGAUCAGCUAGACCCUUUUGGCAUUUCAUGCAUCAGCUUGUCAAUCAUGGAGACGUCAUCAAGACCUCGGAUGCGGAGGCCACACUUCAAGUCCAAGAAUGGCUGUCUCAGCUGCAGAAAACGCCGAGUUAAGUGUAGCGAGGAACACCCGACAUGCCGGUCAUGCUUGAGCCGCAGGACCGUUUGUGAAUACCCGAAAAGAGUAGCAGAAUCUCCCACAACAUCAGUGUCUGUACCGCCGCUACGCACUUCUGUAGAAUCACCACAGAGAGUAUCGCCGUUCCCUUCUGAUGCCUCAGUAUCAACAAGAACGUCGGCCUCGGCCAUCAUUCCGCUCCAGAGUCCUGGUCAUACAACGACUCAGGUAUUGGAGUUGAACCAAUUACAUUUGCUUCACCACUGGACGGUCUCUACAAGUGUUGACCUUUGCAGAUGUCCCAAGACACUGUACAUAUGGCAGGAAGCCCUUCCUGAAAUUGGUUUCCGACAUCCAUUCGUUUUGCAUGCUUUGCUAGGCCUCGCCGCUUUGCACAUUGCCUACCAAUCUCCAACCGAGCGAACGCGAAGUUGGCUAGUCGGCAUGCAUCAUCAUAACGAGGCCUUGACCGGAUUCCAGAAAGAGAUUGCUAUCGUCACCGCAGAGAACAGCGAAGCGUUAUUUACAUGGUCUAUAUGCAACGCUCUAUAUGUCUUUGCUACAUCGAAUCCAUUUCGCCAGACUAUAGAGGGAAACCCUAGCUCGUCGAUAUCGGUACAGAAGGAGAAGGUCUUGGGUACAGAAUGGAUUCCCAUGAUCCGCGGUAUGCAAGCUGUGCUUGAGCCUACCCAUAAUUACAUCCGUUCUGGGAGAAUGAAGGACAUAAUGAGUGUGGGUAAUUGGUAUGAGCUUGACCCGGAUCAAGAUAGCCAGGGCCCUGAAGACGCCUACUUCUGUCGCGCCCGUGAUUCUUGGAGUAACUCCGAUUGUGCCGAAGUCUUUGAAGAGGCGCUUCAAGUUCUCCGGAAAUGUCGGCUUUACUCGUCGCAGUUCCGCGAAAUGGACUUUGAGACGAGAAGCAACUGGGGAUAUAACAAAGAGUGGUCUGCGCCCCUGAUGUUCAUUCAUUUUGCACCUGAACCAUACUUCUCACUCCUGCGGCAGAGACAACCGCCAGCUUUGAUCCUGUUUUCCCUGUUUGGAGCACUCAUGCAUAGGAUAAGGAAUUACUGGUUCUUAGAAGGCUGGGGUAAAGCAAUAGUGGAGGUAAUAGCAGAUAUCUUGGGGAGCUACUGGAAAGAAUGGUUGCUAUGGCCUUUACAGGUUAUUCAAGAAUAACAAUUAAUCAGUCUGGUCAUAAUGAUACACAUGGCUGGCAGCCCAAUGGCCGAGAUAUAUUUAAAGCAUUUUAACUUCGUGAUCGCUGAGUCAUAG